UCACAAGAUGCAGGAUGAGGUGGCUGCGGCAAACAGAUGAGAUAAUGUGGUGGACAGCCAGACACACCCCCUCCGGCCUGUAUAUAAGGAUCUCAGGACAGCCGCAGACAUUCAAACUCACACCCUCCUCUCCUCGCAACAAACUCUUCUUCUUCUGACACCAUGUGUGGCAACUACGGAAACUACUACGGCGGCUACGGCUGUGGAUACGGCUCCGGCUACGGCUGCGGAUACGGCUCCGGCUACGGCUGCGGAUACGGCUCCGGAUACGGAUGCGGAUAUGGCUCCUACGGUUGCAAGAGCUACCGAGGGCUGGGCUGUGGCUACGGCUACGGCUCUGGCUAUGGAUGUGGCGGCUACGGGGGACUUGGCUGUGGCUACGGCUACGGCUCUGGCUACGGAUGUUGUGGCUACCGUCCUUCCUGUUACAGGAGAUAUUGCUCCUCCUGCUGCUAGAAAACAACACACGGGGAGCUCCAGGCUCUGAACAGACUCCCGAGACACCUCAACUGGGUGGAUUCCCCGGCUCCGAUCUCAGAUUCACCACAAGGCAUCACUUGCUGGAAUGGCAUUUGUCAUACCUAUUGCGGGUCAUCCCAGGCAACGUUGGAGCCUCCAGCUUUAGCACGUCAACAGAGAUCACCUGGCCCCAAGUUGUCCAA